CAUAGCUUGGAGUUAAAUUACAAUCUCCGUUUCCAGGGAAAUAGCGUCUCGCCACAUUGCGCCAGUCCAUUGACCAGUUAGCGUCGAAAAGGAUAUUUUGAACUCACCAAAUUGAAUCAAUUUUAGUAAACGUAGGGAAGAACAUUUCGAGCAAGGUUAAUGCAGAUUUUCAAACUGAGUUUUGAUAUUUAAAAGGACUGACUUCUCCACCACAUCAGACGCCCUUUCCAGCUCCUCAAAAUUAAAAACCAGAGGUGAGGUGCAGCUCUUUUUCUGACAUGUGAUGAAGACGAACAUUUCCAGCGAAGUUUGAGUCUUGGAAACCAAUUAUGACGGGUGUUAGACCCACACGAGAGACCAUACUGGUUAUCAUCUCCUUGUUCACGUUGAUGCUGAUUGGUUUAGCUGCUGCCCAAUCAGCUUCAAUCUCAUUUGCCAACCCAACCAUAAGGAUAACAGAAGGGGGUGUAGCCGUUGUCAGGGUGCAGAAGACUGGCGAUAGUGCUACUGCUGUUGGGGUUAGAGUCAGGUUUCAAGAUCAGAUGGCUGCGAUGGCAGAUUUUGUCGGCACUGAUUUCAUCUUGAGUUUCCCCGCCGGCUCUGCAUCAUCCACCCUCCAAGGUAGUUUCUUCUCCAUCGAUGACGACGCCCCUGAGCCGGAUGAACUGUUUGCUGUUACCAUGGAGAUAUUCAGCGGUAGUGGUGUCAUUGGUAACCCGGGUCAAGCCUUCAUUACCAUAGCCGCUAGCGAUGAUGCGUUCGGGGUGAUCGGUUUUAAUGUGGCUUCCCCCGUACGGGUCAAUGAAGAGCUGGCAGCGUCAUCUCUUCAACUACCAUUAAGACGAGAUCAAGGAACAUUUGGAACCGUCGUCGUCUCAUUUGAGAUAACUGGUGGGCCAAGUUCUCUCGGGAAUGAUGUCAUACCAACUGCUGGGAGUGUUACUCUUGUAGAAGGAGCCACUACCGGUGAUCUGAUGCUGGCGGUUCUUGCAGACAGUAUUCCAGAAGAUGAUGAAGAGUUCACAGUACUAUUGACCUCUGUUAGUGGUGGAGCCAGUCUGAACGACUCAACCCAAUCCAUCGUCUUGAUCAUCAAUGCAAACGACAGCCCGUUACGUUUCUCCCAACCCGUCUACACCUUCCCUGAAGAUGCUGGCAUCGUCACGGUGGAGGUCCAGCGGGGUUUAGACAGCGACGGGGUGACGCCCCUAGGGCCCUCGGACGAAACAGUCACAGUGAAUUAUUGGUUUUACUCUGGUAGUGCCGAGCUUGGUGUUGACAUUGUUGUUACAAACGGAAGUCUUGGCUUCUCGCCCGGAGAGCAGAGAAGAACAAUUAGUAUCGCUCUAAUGGAUGAUACCAUUCCGGAGCUUGCUGAAGACUUCUCUAUUGCUCUUCUAAAUCCGAGUGAUAACGCUGUACUUGUUGAUCCCAGCACCACUGUGGUCACCAUCCUACCGAAUGAUGAUCAACAUGGGGUAGUAUCCCUCACCUCGACCAACCCCGGAUCACCGCCCAGCAUAGUCAUCGAUGAGGAUACGACAUCCUUCACGGAUAACUUCUCCAUCAUUCGCGACGGCGGGACAUUCGGCGAAGUCAGUGUCGAUUACGUCAUAACCCGUAACGACUCCAGUUCAUCUCCCGUCACCACUGACCUUUCGCCCGCUAGUGGCACGGUGACCUUACCGGAAGGUCAGAGGUCACAAUCCAUUCUGGUGACUAUUAAUAGUGAUACCACACCCGAAGAAGCCCAGCAGUUCAUCAUAUCUUUGCUGGUUGGUACUGUAACGGGAGGAGCUGACAUUGGUGCUGUCACCGAGGGCGUGUUGACGAUACGCGACAGCGACGACGCAUACGGCGUGAUACAGUUCUCGUCAGACAGUGAGCAGCGUAUAGUGACGUCAACGACACCGCGGCGACUGCAGCUGAUGUUAACCAGAGCUGCUGGCGUGGUUGGUCAGGUGUCAAUGACUUUCUCUGUUGUGUAUCGUCUGCCAUCUGUGAACCCAGGUGGCUUAGGCAGCAUUGAUGUUGUGGAUGGUCCCGCAAUGCAGACUACCAUCAUCCCUGCCGGCUCCACCGUUCACCGAUUCCAAAUCCCCAUCAAGUCCAACUCCUUCCUCAGUCUGGGUGCGACCUUUGACAUCACGCUUCAGAGUGUCCAGCUGUUGAAUCACCCCACCUUACUCCCUCCGAGCAGCCCAAGGCUAGGCGUCCGGACGGCAGUGAGUUUGGAGGUGACGGAUAAUGUAGCCAAUGGGGAAAUAGGAUUCGACCAACCAGAUGAGAUGAGGUUUGUCACUGAACCAGAUGGUUCCACACCCACCCAGUUGCCAUUGGACAUCACAAGGGAAGGUACAUCUGGAGAGGCUAUCGUCUCCUGGCAUGUCGUUGCCGAUCCAAACUACCCUGUGGCACCAACUGAUGAGGAUAUCAGUCUGUUCUCUGGUACAGUCACAAUCGCCUCAGGUACUUCCAGAACACAAAUAAUCCUUCAGAUUCUGCCUGAUGACCUUGCUGAAAUGGAUGAAACGAUGGUCGUUCAGCUCUACAACGUACAACCCACCAACCAAAUCCUCAGACAGGGCGAUACAGAAGUGCUGGUGACAAUCCGCGAGAACGACGGUCCUGGUGGCUACUUUGAAUUCUCCCCGCUGACCCCCGGACCUUUUGUGAUUACCGAGGGUGGAGACCUCACCCAAGUGACUAUUCUCCGCCUCGGGGGAAGCCUCGUUGAACGAAGUGUCCGAUACUUCGCUCAGGGUGACAGCAUGCCGCUGCAAGAAUUCUACGGUCUGCCGCAAGUCGUGACGUUCUACCCCGGAGAAACGAGCAAAGAGGUUUCCUUUGUCGCCCAGCCUGACACCAUUCCGGAGCUUAAUGAGACAUUUCAGUUGACCCUUGCGAGUUUUGGAAACCCGCCGAGCGACCUUGGUGUCCGGACCACCAUCGAUAUCACGGUUCUAGAAAAUGAUGAUCCACACGGAAUCUUUGGGUUUCCCGAAGACCCAAUGGUGCGAUCGAUAGAUGAAAGCACUGGAUCCGAUAGUUACACAGCCAGGUUUCCUAUAGUACGCAGCGCUGGACGAUUCGGUCAAGCUAACAUCUCCUGGUCGGUAGUCACCACUGGAGCUAUAGUAGAUAUCUCUCCACUGUCUGGUACCUUGAGUUUUCAAGAUGGAGUUAACACCUUGGAUAUAAGAAUAACUGCAAGGGCUGAUGAGAUUCCUGAGAAUUCAGAGACUUUCCAGCUGACAUUGCGUGACCCAACCGGUAAUAGCCGUUUAGGUGUUGUUACCAUGGCAACUCUGAACAUCAACAAGAACGAUGACGCCAUCUUCUUUGAAGAGCCUAUCACUAAAACUGUAACAGAACCCGGCGCCGUGUCCUUCAUUGUCCGUCGGAACGGCACAGCUGCAUCUCUGGCCUCGGUGGACUAUCGCACCAUAGCUGGAUCAGCCACGGACGGCCUGUUGGACUAUGCUCCUAUGUCUGGUACCCUAGAGUUCCCAGUGGGUGUUAGAACUGGCCAGGUAGCAGUCAGGAUACGAGACGAUGACAUACCGGAGGAUGAUGAGUAUUUUACCAUACAGCUCUCAAAUCCAGUUGGGGAUGUGGUUGUGUACGGGGCGCCUACUGCAACUGUUAUCAUAGCUGCAAAUGAUGAUCCAUAUGGCAUAUUCAGCUUCAGGGAACCGUUGAAGAGGGUGUUUACCAGUGAAGGGAUGUCUAUCUCCACCACAAUCCAGAGAGAGCGUGGAACAUUUGGCACUGUUCAAAUCCAUUGGCAGAUUGUUUAUAAUGGAUCGUCCAAUCAGGUUCAAGAUGGGUCAGAUUUUGAGGUUGUCGCGGGGUCAGUUGUUUUUGCUGAGCGGCAAACAACCCAGCAGAUUGAGAUCACAUCCAGGAUGGACGGACGUCCGGAGUUUGAAGAAUUCUUCAACUUAGUGUUGGUUAAUGUCACAGAUGGCAAGUUGUCCUCCACAGAUCCUCUGUCCAUCCUUCUCGAGAUCCGCCCGAAUGACGACCCUUACGGUGUCCUCAUCUUUACUUCUUCCUCAACGGAGAGAGAAAUAGCCGAGGACUACUACCCUGGCGACAACUCCACAGCUACGACGACAUUUACAGUGGACAGAGCCCAAGGCACAUUUGGCCAAGUUGAGGUUCUGUGGGAGGUUUUCUCAGACUCUAUCUCUGGCAUCUUGCCAACUGUUCGAGAUCUCAUCUUUCUAGCUGAUAGCAGUACGAACGUGAAUCCCGCUCCUGGUGAACAGCGCCCUCACAUUGGUACAAAAGUCUUGCGCUUUGACGGUGGUGCAAAUUCCUAUUUGAAGGUAGACUCUGAGCACCAGAUGCCAAGCUCUGAUAUCAUCGGUGGGUUCUCGGUCAGUGCUUGGGUCAAACCAGACGCUGGGGUCAAUGGUUUCAUCCUGUCUAAGAUCGCAAUGAACGGAAUCACUGUCUACUAUGGGUUGAAGGUGGCGCAGGUUGGGGGCAGGACCGUACUGCAGUAUCGCUACACUGGCAGUUUGUAUACAAAUACUGAAAUAGACUUCACGACCGGUUCCAUGGAUCUAACGGAUGGUGACUGGCAUCUGAUUAUACUAACUAUAGACAAUCUUCAAGCUGCUUGCUACAUAGAUGGUACUCUGACAGCCGAGAGGACGAUGGAGCAGGCUCAGAGCGAUGGACCCGGGGAGCUGUAUGUAGGAGCUGCACAGCCUGGAGCAGAAUUGUAUCAAGGGUUACUUCAAGAUGUCCGAAUGUAUGCCAGGAAACUACAAGAAAGAGAGAUAACAGAAAUCUGGACCCUACCGGCACGGAAUGACCUAACCCCUAUAUCAGGCAAGCUAACCUUUGACCCAGGUCAAACCGUGAGUGACAUCAUGAUGAGGUCAUUGGAUGAUACAGAGGAGGAAGGAAAUGAGGUGUUUACCGUGAUGCUGCUGUGUAGUAACGGAGGAUCUAGGAUUGGACGAGAUGAUGCUACUGCUCUUCUAACAGUUUUGAAAAGUGACAACGCCAAUGGUCUGUUUGGAUUUGAUGGUCCUUGCACUCCGUCCAUCCUCAACGCGGAUUCCAAUGAAGCGUUACAAUACACAUGCUCAGUAGUUCGUAGCCGUGGUGAUGAGGGGAUUGUUACAGUACCCUGGGAAGUACGUAACGUGGCAACAGGGAGCGUAGCGACAGGAGACUACGUCAACGCAUCUGGUGAAGUGAUCUUCCCGAAUGGAGUUCGCACUCAGACAAUUUUCCUGUCCGCUAUCGACGACAUGGAACCAGAACUCUUGGAAAUGUUUGAGAUAACUCUGUUAUCCCAACUCCCUCUCUCCGAUGAUGGUUUGAUCGGUACGACCGUCACCAGCGGGGCAAGCUUCGAUCCCGACUCCAACACCAACAACCUUACCAUCAGAGCUAAUGACUAUCCUUACGGACUGCUUCAAUUUGCCACCGGCUCCCCCCCUGGGCAGACUGACCCACUGAUACCACCUGCUAAUGAGAUGAUGGGUGUCAGGGUGAGGGAGGAGGAUGGUAUGGUGGAUCUGCUGGUUGUAAGGGCCCAGGGGUCGUUGGGUCAAGUGCAGGUGGAGUGGAGGACGAUUGAUGGAACAGCUUUGUCGGCAGGAAAAGAUCCUGUAGACUUUGUGAGCGGUGGAGGUACAUUGACGUUUGCAGACCAGCAAAGAUUUACGUACAUCACCAUCGUCAUCAGAGAUAACAACGUGGCUGAAUUAGAUAAAACAUUCCAAGUACAGUUGUCUAGUCCAACUCAAGGAGCUGAAGUUGGUGUAGGUUCUAUCAUUGAGGUAACAAUAGAAGGCUCUGAUAAUGCGUACGGUACGUUCCAGUUUGCCGAUAUCUCACUGAAUGUCAUGGCAGUUGAAGCUGACGUUGGUGUCAGCACGGCAACGCUACAAGUGCUGAGACUAGGUGGAGCCCUUGCUGCGGUCACAGUAGACUGGGUUGUGACCUCUAACCCAAGUGACCCCAACGCUAAUAUAACAAGUGACCUUGUGAGGUCAGAGGGGAGUGUCACAUUUGGUGUGAACGAGAUGACAGCAGAUCUAAGCAUUCAGAUACUGUCUGAUGAGAUACCAGAGUUGGAUGAGAUCUUCUUAGUACAGCUGACGAACGCUUCACGAGGUCGUCUUGGUGAUGCAAACAAACUCAUCUCCAUGGUAACCAUCAAUGCUAAUGACGACCCCUAUGGUGUCUUCAUCUUUGAUGCGGGAUCGAGGAGCGUUGUCACCGAGGAAAGCUUCAGGAAUAACUCGCUCACAAUUCAGAGGCAGUUUGGAAGUGAAGGGAUCGUUCAGGUGUUCUACUCCACCCUAAACGCAGAUGAGAAUAUACCAAACAUGCCGGCAUAUAGUAGUCGUGCUACUGAACACAGUGACUUCGUUCCGGUGCAGAGUUCGGUUGUCUUUACUUCCGGUCAGCUCAGUGCCACUGUGGAUGUGGUGAUUCUAGACGAUGCCACUCCAGAAACUGCAGAGAGUUUGUUUCUUUAUAUCGUCAGCGUCUCGCUUCUAUCAUCACCGCAGAUUAAUCCAGUUGUCAACUCUCCGCGUGUUGGAGUGGAGCACAUUGCAGAGGUUUACAUCCAAGCCAACGAUGACGCUAAUGGUAUACUACAGCUCUCAGCUAGCAGUGUUAGUGUGUCUGAAGACUCUAUGACACCAUUCCUUAAUGUCACUAGAGUGGCUGGAUCCUUUGGAACUGUGACAGUUACCUUCCAGCAUAUCCCAGGCACAGCUCAACAAGGAUUGGAUUACAGUGUGACAUCAACCAAUGUCAUCUUGUAUAGUGGAGAGACCUACAAGGCUUUACCCAUUGAGAUUCUGAACGACCGAGUACCGGAGGAAGCCGAAUCAUUCCAGGUCAUCUUGCUGAAUCAGAUCACUGGGGGCGCUGUUCUAGGGGCACCAUUCAGUGCCGAGGUCACUAUUGAACCGUCUGACGAUCCUUAUGGAAACUUCGGGUUUGGUUUCACCAAUGUACAAGGAGAUGAACCACAGAACGGUGCCACCCGUCAGUUGACGCUUAGCGUGAUACGCAACGGAGGAGACAUCGGAGUGGUGGCUGUUAUAUGGGAAGCUAGGAUUAAAGGAGUGUUAGCAACUGAUGAUGUUUUCCCGACCGGUGGCACGUUGUACUUCCUCUCCUUUGAUAUCAGCCAGACAUUCACCCUGGAUAUUCUGGCUGAUGAUAUACCCGAAGAACGAGAGGAGGUCAUAUUGACGUUGUUGAAUGCAACAGGUGGAGGAGUGAUUGGUGUUCCAGCCACUGCAUCCAUUUUCAUUGGAGCUAAUGAUAACCCGCAUGGCAUUGUGGAAUUCACACUGCCUGAUAAUCCUGUGCUAGAAAUGGCUCAUCAAGACUCUGUAGCCAGUAUUAUGGUGACUAGAAGUGCUGGAUUGUUCGGUGAACUACACGUCACCUUUGACACCCAACCCCUUGACCUUAUCAGUGAGGUCACGUUGACUGGUGAGACGGCCUUUGACUACUACCAACCGCCAAUCACAGGCAGCCAGACAGGUGUUGCAAUGACGACCAUUGAUGUAACCGGCCAAUCAGAUCCCUUGAUGAGCUGUGCCGAAGCGUGUCUGAAGGAGAGAGCAUGCGGCUCAUUUACAUAUAGAGUGUUCAACGGAGACUCCAUGUGUCUGUGGUCGGUUUCCAUGGAGACGGGCUCAGUGGAUGCGACGUCUGGCUUCACGCUCUAUGUCAAGAAUCAAAUUAAGACUCAAGCUCUCUAUGAUAGUCAGGCCCAGCCUGGACUAGACUACAUUCCAAUCAACAGUGGUUCAGUCAGGAUACUAGACGGUAUGUCCUAUGGGUAUCUCAAUGUGACGAUCAGCGAUGAUAAUAUUCCAGAGAGGGAUGAGGUGUUCCAUAUGAGACUAGCGAGUGUUUCCCUAGUAGGCGCCACCCCUCAACCCAACAACGCCCCAACCCUAGGGGCCAGACAGGAGACACGUGUGACUAUUAUGAGUAACGACGACGCCAAUGGGGUCUGGCGUCUCUUUAGCAACAGCCCAGAGUCCCCCAAUGGGCAGCUGGUCUCGGUGACAGAGACGGACGGAGUCAGCGUCAGUGUGGAGCUAGUCGUUGAAAGAGAAGGUGGUAGUAUCGGUGAUGUUAGCGUCUCGUGGCAGGCUGCAUCAGGGACUGCUACUCAGGGUGAUGACUACAGCGCCAGCGGAGGAACACUCAACUUUGCAUCGGGUCAAACUAGACAAGUGAUCAACAUUGGAAUUAAAGAUGACCAGACCCCAGAGAUCGAUGAAGUGGUUUUGAUUGAGCUGUACAAUCCGACCGGAGGGAGCGAGUUGGGUCUUAACAGCCAGGUCAAUAUACGCAUACUGGCUAAUGAUUACGUGGCUGGGAUACUCAAGCUGGCCACGUUGUCUUACAUCGUCAAAGAGGGUGAAGGUUUUAACGUCAGCGUGGAGCGUUCUUCACCCGGUAUGGGUCAGGUGACUUUAGACUGGACAAUUAGUGGAGUCAAUGGGAAUCCACCCGCACAAAGCUUCCUUCAAUACGCUGGUUCACUCAGCUAUGCACAGGGUCAACUCCUGGAGUACAUUCCCCUCUUUGUCAUCUCAGAUGACACCCCCGAAAUAAAUGAAGAGUUCCAAAUCACCCUAAGCAACGUGCAGACCACUGGGGUAUCUCCCACGGGGGCCGCCGCACUAGAUCCACAAGGGUCUGUCGCGAGCAUCACGAUACAAGCAAGUGAUGAACCACAUGGGGUCUUCAGUCUUGCUCAGGGGUCGGAGGUCGUCACAGUUGCUGAGGGCAACAGGACCUUUGUGCUGUUCAUCGAUAGAAAGUUUGGUUCCAUAGGAAGCGUUAGAGUUUUCUACGAAGCUAAAGCAGGAUCUCUAGAUCCCAACUUACCAGCCCUGAACCUCGCAGUAAUCGGCCAAGACUUCAUAGGUGGUCCGAGUUACGUAGACUUUCAGGAUGGGCAGAGUGUUGGGUCUAUAAACAUCAUUGUGAAUGAGGAUGACAUCCCAGAGUUGAACGAGGUGUUUUUGGUCAACUUGACCUCUGUGCAAAUACUCCAACCUGCUACCACGGAAUCCCCUCCAAGACUAGAUUUGAUGGGUACCUUGUCUGAGGUGACAAUUGAUGCAAAUGAUGGAACGCAGGGAGUUGUAUUAUUCAGUGGAAUAUCUGUGAGCCGUGAAGUCAUUGAGGGAGAUCAGACUCUACAAAUUACUGUGUCCAGAGAUAGAGGGACCUAUGGUCUAGUAACCAUCUUCAUCUACAGCCAACCCAUUGAGGCUCGCUCGGGCUCUGACUAUAGCUUCAGUGAUCAGGUUUUGACUUUCGCCGACGGAGAGACGACAAGAACCGUUAAUGUUCAGAUAUUUGAUGACGAAAUCGCUGAAGCUGACGAGUCUUUCGAGCUCAUCUUAAAUAAUCCAACGGGAGGACUACAGCUUGGGGAUCCCUCAAAAGUGACAAUCAAGAUCCUUGCAAGUGACGACGCGUUCGGCAUCAUCAACUUUGCCAGUCCGGUGGUCGUAACCAUCCGUGAACCAACCGAUUCCGACACAGCGAGCAGUGUGGCCCAGUUGACGCUCGUACGGGACCGGGGAAUGUUCGGUGAUAUUCAAGUCCCGUUUGCUGUCGUUAACAUGGAUGGGUCACGAGGGGUCGAAGACCUGAGACCGGUGGAUGGGUUUGUGACAAUAGCAGCUGGAGAAACGACUGGGGUCAUUCGUAUCUCAGCUACACCAGAUGACAUCCCUGAACUGGAGCAGCGGUAUAUGGUACUCCUGGCCACGCCCCAGGGCGGGGCUUCUUUGGGUGUUGCCAACAAUGCCACUAUUGUGAUUGAGGAGAAUGAUGCACCUUACGGCAGCCUUCAGAUCUUCCCAAAAGAAUCAAGGGAAAGUUCCUUGGACGUUGAGGAGACUGAUGGAACUGUCUACUUCACUGUAGAACGAUCAGGUGGUACUAUAGGAAGCAUCACAGUAGACUGGCAAACAGUCCCUGAUACUGCCACUUCAGCUGAGGGUGAAUUCUUGACCCUAGCUACUGUCCAGACCAUGCCAGGAGGCUCUGUCCGCAGUUGGUGUUCCUUCACCAUCGGUCAAGAUAUUUACCUUGUUAAGGUCAGCGAGGAUCGGACUGGUCAGCUCUUGUCUACAGUGGGCAGCGAUGGGUCAGACGGGGUGGAUGAUGGGGCCAAGACGGUGCUGUAUAGAUGGCAGGGAGAGUUCGUUCGGAUACAGACAAUUGAGACAGAUGGAGGGAUGGCAUGUACCUCCUAUACUUUUCAAGGUUCUACAUUCUUAGUCAUCGCUAAUCAUGGCACUCUGGGACGCUACGAGACAACGUCCAGAGUAUACAGCGUUAAUCAAGAUGGAACUCUCAUUGUGAUGCAAGACAUUGCUACCCAAGGCGCUACGGAUGCGACCUUUUUCAACGUCGGUUCCGAUACCUUCCUGAUCAUCACCAACGAAUUGACCAACGACCAACGAACCAAGACCAACUCACCCAUCCUACUCUGGACCGGGGUUCAGUUUGUGGCAGUAGCUAGCUUGGCCUCUACAGGGGCAUCCGGAGUUAAAGAGUUUAGCAUUAAUGGGGAUCAGUACGUAGCUGUGGCUCACUACUAUGACUCAACCCAAGCUAGCUAUGAAAUCAAAUCUGUUGUGUACAAGUGGGUGAGUGGACUACUUACCGAGGAGCAGCAGUUAGACACCCUAGGAGCUACUGAUGUAGACUCCUUUAGUAUCGGUACAGCAACCUACCUGGUGUUUGCUAAUAGUAGAGGUGAUGAUGGAUCAUCAAAUGUGGACUCCUACGUCUACCGUUGGAACCCAUCGACGAGCAGCUUCAUCUUCCAUCAAGCGAUCCCCACCCAGGGGGCCCAGUCUGUCGCCACGUUCCUCACCCCUGAUGACACAAGAUACCUAGCGAUAUCCAGCGUCGACGGUGACUCACAGAUCCGUUUCUGGGAGCCCUUCACUGCGCUGUUCAUGGAGUCAUUAUCGGCAGCCCCUGCGUCGGACAUAACACCCCUAUCCUUCACCAAGUACAACGGACGUGAGGUCGUGAUGUUAGCGUCUGCUAAUCUGCAGAGUGGGGUCUCCGCGGUGGAUUCAGAGAUCGCUUUGAUGACUUUCGUUUCCUCAACUUCAGAUUUUGUUUCAAGAUCUGGAAGAUUAACCUUUAACCCUGAGAAUACAGCGCUGACCGUUGCAGGAAUGAUACUGAACGAUGACCAGCCGGAAGAUGACGAGCAGUUCAGCCUCGUCCUGAGUAAUCCGUCAGGCGGAGCCGAGUUGGGGAAACAGAACUCCGUUCAGGUCGACAUUCUGUCCAACGACGACGCUCAUGGGAUUAUAGCAUUCGCACAGGACUCGCUGUUUCUACAAGCUACGGAGCGAGCUACAGACACUGCUGUUAUACUGACUCUACAGAGACAGCGAGGCACUGCGGGUGUCGUUGUCGUCGCAUGGCAAGCUAACGGCGAGCAUGAAGGAAAUGACAUCAGACCCACGUCUGGAAUGGUGGAAUUUGCCAAUGGCGUUGACACGGCCGCCAUUGUCAUCACUGUCACAGCGGACUCUUUCCCAGAGCUCGAUGAAACCUCAACCAUUCAGCUAACGAGUAUAGUCAACCCCGGCACCACUCACCCUGGCCGUGGGGCUAGGAUCAGUGAGGUAGACAGCGCGGCAUCGUUGACUGUCCUAGCCAACGACUCUCCUCACGGCGUGUUUGCGUGGACUCUGAAUUCGCUGUUUAGCGUUGUGAAUGAACCAGAGGGAUCGCAGCCGUCGGGGACAGUGGUUCUACAUGUUCUUAGAGAGCAGGGUUCGACGGGGGCAGUCAAUAUCAGAUACAGGACAUCCAGUGCGUCCGAGCUGCCUGCCUUGAAACAAGCCGUGCCGAAUCGAGACUUUGUGUCUCAAGACAGCCUUGUAAGAAUGGAGGACGGAGUUACUUCCGCAUUGUUGACCAUCACAAUCCUACCUGAUACCGAUUCUGAAGGACCUGAGACAUUCCUUGUAAACUUGACCUCCGUUGACCUCAUCACUGGUACCCCUGUUGGUGGAGCGGCACCCAGCAUCAAGCACGAUCAGGACGUGGCUGAGAUUACGAUCACGCAGAACGAUAACGCAAAUGGGAUCUUAGAGCUAAAUGCAACCAAGAAUUCUGCCGGUGACGUUGAGGUCUACGAAGGCUCAGGGACUAGUGGUGUAUUAAGUCUCCCAGUAAAGCGUACAGCUGGAGCGUUCGGUCAAGUCGGAGUCAACUGGCUAGCUACAACGGUGUCUGCCAGCACGGCCGACUUCUCACCUCUCUCGGGAAAUGUCACAUUCAUUGAAGGACAGAAAGAGGCUUUUAUUGAGAUUUCCAUAAUUGAUGAUACAAUCUACGAGAAUGAUGAGCGCUUCACGGUGUCCCUUCACAAUCCAACCGGUGGCGCUGUCCUCGGUGCUGAGACGUCGGUCAUUAUUAAAAUCCUAAAGAAUGACUCACCGAAAGGACUCUUCGGUUUCCUGUACACUCAGGAGACUGUGAUGGAAUCAUUGAGUCCCUCAGACCCUAACGGUCAAGUCACGUUAAUCGUUGAGAGAAGCCAGGGGACGCAGAGCACCGUUGUAGUUGACUGGGCUUUGGAGCCUCUGGGCAGCACGGAUUUAUCACCAACGCAGGGAUCACUCACAUUCCAAGAGGGUGCCACUAGGCGUACUUUUACCCUACGAGCCACACAGGAUGAUGUGUUAGAGGGAGAAGAGAGAUACACUCUGAGUAUCAUAUCAGCAACUGAUGAUGCAGAAAUCUCACCUGUCUUUGGUACGACUACGAUCGUGAUUCAGCCAGACGAUGGGUCAUCAGGGGUCAUCGCUAUCCUACCUCCGUCUAGAUACGUCCUGAUAAGUGAACCAAUGGAUGAUAACGAUGGCACAGCUAUGAUACAAUUGACACGAGGGGCAGGAAUCUUCGGUAAGGUGACUGUGAAUUGGCAGCUUAUCCCUCGAGACACAUCAACGUUCACCCAGACAUCAGGCAUGGUGGUGUUUGAAGAUCUACAGCAAAAUGCAACCAUUAAUCUCCAGACCAUUGAUGAUGCAAUCCCAGAGACCAAGCAGACCUACGUCCUCCAGCUUUCAUCAGUCACAGGAGGUGCAAGUAUCGACCCCGAUUCCACCGUCAAUCAAGCGACCGUCGUCGUCAUCGCUAGCGAUAACCCUCAUGGGAUAUUUGAGUUCACUGGUCCCCUGGAGGUGACGAUCAGUGAAGACUUGCCUCAGGCAAGCUUGGUGGUUGUACGUAAUGCUGGAAUAUCUGGCUCAGUGAAAGUGAGCUACACAACCAAGCAGAUCUCGGCUCUACCUGGUGAGGACUACAUAGAGGAUAGCGGAGAUCUUAUUUUCAGUGAUGGAGUCGACAUGAAUACAAUCAAGAUUAGUCUGGUUCCCGAUAAUCUCCCAGAGGGUCCGGAGUCAUUCCUAGUCAACCUCACUUCUAUUGAACUUCUCCAGCCGCUUAACAACGACUACACAAUACAAGGCGGUCUACAGCUGGAUAUGCCUCCUCUGAUUGGUCAGUUCAGUGUGAAGACAGUCACCAUCCAAGCCAAUGAUAACGCAGAGGGAAUCAUAGAGUUUGCCCAGUCCUCAGUAUUUGAAUUUUCGGAGGGAGUUGGGACAGCCGUCAUACCAGUGGUUCGCACAGCCGGUACCUUCGGCCUCGUACGAGUGUCGUACACCUCCAGAAGUAUAACAGCGACCCCUGAUGGGGUGGAUUACUCACUGACGGAUGGCGAGGUCAUCUUUCUGGACGGUCAGUCCGAGGGGUCGAUCAGCAUAGCCAUCAUCGACGACCAAUUAAAGGAGUUUUCCGAAGUCUUUGAAGUGACCCUGAGUGGAGCACAAGGGGGCGCUGUUCUCGGGAGGAAUCUGACGGCGACGGUGGUCAUCAUGAAGAGCGACGGACCGGACGGAUUAAUCGGAUUCUCUGUCAUGGAGUUGGAGAGGAUUAUCGCUAAUCCAGAGAUUAGUAGGGAUAUUGAGUUCACCAUUGAGCUCUCGGGAGGGAUUGAUGAAUACUUGACUGGCGCUGAUGUGCGCUGGCGAAUCCUCGGCCCCAACUCCAAAAGCCUCCCACCAGACACCAGCGACAUCUCCACUGCUAAUGGCCAGCUCCAGGGGUCUGUGACUUUUAACCCCAUCGAGCGAGGAGCUAAAGGGUUCACGUUGAGGGUCAAACCGUACCCUGGGCCGGAGAUAGAGGAAGUGUUUAUUGUUGAGAUUUAUCAAGUGGUUGGUGCAGGAGAGAUCAGUGAAACGACUGGCAGUGCAACGCUUAAGAUCCUAAAGUAUGGUGAUCCUAAUGGUGUGGUCCGAUUCUACGGAGAAUCAGUGAAUCAGCGUAGCUUUGAGGAACCUGUAGAUGGGGGAUCGCUGACUGUGUCCUUCCCAGUGAGACGUCGCGAGGGAGUCAUUGGUGAUGUUAAUGUCCAUUGGCAAGUGCAAGAUUCUCGGGGUGGAAUCAGCGUCGACGUCUCACCCUCUAACGGUACCCUCUACAUCCCAGACGGUGUGGCUAACACCCAGAUCCUCCUGUCCGUACUGCCGGACCAGAUACCUGAGCUCAGAGAACUCUUCAAGCUGGUUCUAGUCUCUGUGGACGGAGGGGCGGAGCUUGACCCCCAGUUUAACGUCUCAACGUUUUACGUACAACCUAACGACAAUCCACACGGUGUCUUCAGCGUUCAUCAAGACAACCAAACCGUCGGCGUGGACGUGGACAAGAAACGGUUCCUGAUGAUCUUGAUUACUCGUACAGCAGGCACAGAGGGUGACGUCAUGGUGACCUUUGACCUUGAGUAUAAUGAUGGAAUCACUGGUGCUUAUGUUCCUGGCAGUGGCUCUGUGGAAUGCAAGAGUGGAAUGCAAUUUUGUACUAAAGAGGUGCCUCUGCUGAACAACGAUCAAUUCCUAGAGAGAGAUACAACAUUCACUAUCACCAUGACAACACUGAAUUAUCUUGGACCAUCAGACGUAACCAUUCAACCAGCGUUAUUGCCGGGUGCUGAGAGCGCCCUCAUUGUUGUACCACAAGAAGCUGCUAAUUCGUUUGUUGGGUUCAAGUUGGAUGCUACUACAGUUGACGAGAUCUCCUACCGUACUGUGGUCACCAUUGAGCGGCAUGGUUCCUACGGGUCCGUCGAUGUCAUCUGGAAAGCAGGUUACCCUCAAGGAAGCCUUCCUCAAGGCUACCUACAAGGUGUCAUCUCACAAGAUUCUGGUCAGAUCAGGAUGAGGGAGGGUGUGUCUACCGUCACUCUUCCAUUUAUUCUUGAUCCCAGCGGCAGCCCCGAUGAACUCUUUGCCGUCCAUUUAACAAGUGCUCUGACAUCAUCAGAGGGCGGGGCUCAGUUACGUAAUGGAUUUAAGAUCGCGCCGAUCGAACCUUAUGGUGUGGUCGGUUUUUCUCAGAUGUCAAGACGAGUCUCCGUCAUGGAAGGACAAGGAGAGCUAUCCUUGACCAUAGAGAGACAGCUAGGAACACUUGGCAGUGUCCGUGUGACGUAUCAGACUACCUCAUACACUGCAACGGCCGGCGACGAUUACGUUGACAUCACGAGCGGCGCCCUCACCAUGGCCCAGGGAGAGAGGACGGCGGCCAUCUUGGUUACGAUUCUCGAGGAGCAGCAGCCUGAGCUUGCCAAGAUGUUCUUUGUCAACAUCACAAGUGUUGCUAGGUUACCGAUAGAUGGGACACAGGGUACAAGCCCUAGACUGAGCUCCAAGUACCCUGUCUCUGAAGUGACAAUAGAGGGCAGUAAUGACCCCAAUGGUGUGCUUAGUCUGGUUCCUGAUGUGGUAGAGACUGUAGAGAGUGAGGCUACAUGUAAAUUCAUUACUCUCAACAUCAGAAGGACAGGAGGCACCCACGGUGAUGUCAGUGUGAGGGUUCGAACCAUAGGAGGUGGAGAAUCUUGGCAAGGUAGUGUAACUCUACGUCCUAGUGAUGUAUCAAACACCAUAGAGAACGCACUGGCCAAUACACAGGAUAGACCUCAUGCUACGGCUGGUCUGGACUACAGAGAGGUCAAUAUGGACAUCACAUUCAGGGAUGGAGAGACAGAGAAGAGUUUCCAGGUUGAAGUUUGUGACGACGGCGUCGCCGAGCCAGCAGAAAUCUUCUUUGUCUACCUGUCUGAGCCAACAGGGGGAGCGAGAGUAGCUACAGGCCAGCCUGAUGGCAACCUCAAGGGCUUCACUCAUCUAACAAUUCUUGGCAGUGAUAACUUUAAUGGUGUGAUUGGCUUUGAUGACCAAUCCAUGAUGGUGUCUGUCGAUGAAGAUGUACGACCAACGGUGACUCUUACAGUCAACAGAGGGCAGGCUUUCUUUGGUGAAGUCAUGAUUGAGUGGCGAGCGACCAAUAGUCCCAAUGGUGAUAUAGCUGGAGAUGCUGAGCUGUCCUCUCAGCUAGAAGAGGUCGAGGGGAUAGUGACGUGCCCUGAAGGUCAACAAAUGUGUACCUUUGACAUCACGCUGAGACAAGACGAGGAUCCUGAGUUUGCCACAUGGUUCUUGGUUGAGCUUAUUGGUGUGGGUCAGGGAGCUACUCUAAAUCCAAUGGAUCGAUUCGCUAAUGUGACCAUAGCAGAUAGUGACUAUCCAUACGGCCUGCUACAAUUCACUACAGAUACACGGUUCCAAUCCGUCCAUUCCAACACCAAGCGCGUCAGUCUACGCGUGGAGAGAAUCGGAGGCAGUACCAAAGACAGCUCAGUCUCAUGGGGGACGUUCCAACUUGAUGGACCAGUCAAACUCGCCGGUCUGACCGCCUACCCGGCCAUCGCCGACGACGACUACAUCGGUGACUCCGGGAUCGUUGAAUUCGUAUCCGGUGCCAGACGCAUCCCUCUCGAUGUAGUGUUACUCCCCAAGACGCCUCCAUCGUCGCUAGACUAUCCCAAGGUUCUCGAGAUCCGACUGAUGCAAGCGACGAACGGCGCGUCGAUAGAGCCGCAGUUCGGCGUCGCUAUGAUCACUCUGGUCGAAGACGAGAAGACGGCCGAUAUAUGGGAUAAUCACUAUAGCGCCGUCGUGGGUUUGAGCGACGACAACAUCUACAACAUCCUGUUGGAUAUGGCCGAGCAUGUCAAAGGUCAACUGACGGACGAGCAACUGACUGUCGUCAUAGAUACCAUCAAUAUGAUUGUUGCCGAGGGAGGAAGACGCAGGUUGCCCGGCAACCUCCUCACCCCUUUGAUGGAGAUCUACUGUACAUUGAUGAACCCACUUAGACAAGAUACAAGGGGUGCCUACAGUCUUGCGGAGUCGUUCAGUUCCUUUGCCUUCAUCCUUGUGACUGCUCUACCCUGUGAGACCCCAGAGCCACAGAUCAUGACGUGUGAUCUGGCAAAGGUAGAGACAGGACGAUGGUCCCGGGGUAGGAUCAAUCAACACAGCUUCCAGGGAAAAGGGCAGAAUAGCUUCACAAUGCCUAACAACCUGCUGGAUACCAGCGUAACGUCAUGUGAGGAUAUUCAUUUUAUUGAGUACGGUAGCCAGCAAUGGUUCUACGGACAGGAUGACGUCAGCACACUCAACAAUCAGGUUUUGUCUGUCGCCAUCAAGGGAGCCGAGCAGAAUUUCACUCGUCUCACGACACCAGUCAAAUAUCGGAUCUACACUGAUGGGGCCAGGGUGACACCUAGAGGUGCAAGCUGUAUCAUCUUCAAUGAUAGAUGGUCUCCAGAAAACUGCCAGGUCUCGUCCGACCAGGGCGACUUUGUGGAGUGUUCUUGUACUCAUUUAUCGGACUACGCCGCUCAGGCUGAGACCGACAAUCUAGUCGGCUACAAUCCUUACAUCUACGCUUCUUGCUUCAUCUGCAUUGGUGGUUUGCUUUUCGCCAUCUUAAUUCACAACUUUUGUGCCGUGUACUCCAUGUUCUCAGCUAAGCUUCUGAUGCACAUGUGUUUUGCAUGCAUGGCGUUGCAGAUUGUAUUUGUUGUCUCGGCCUAUAUCAGCAGUCAGGUCUCGGCAGUAUCUUGUGCAGUUCUUGGCAUUCUCAUCCAUUACUUCUUCCUGGCUCAAUUCUCCUGGAUGCUCAUACAGGCAUUCAACCUCUGGAAAGUCUUUGUGAUAAAUGACGAACACACCGACAGAUACUACAUUCUAUUCUUCGUGAUUGGAUGGUGUUUACCUGUGGUAGCUAUCGUCAUCUAUGUGGUGAUAGCCUAUGCUGCAUUUAGCUGGGAGUUUGUCCUCGGUGAUUCCCUGGUGGACCCAUCCUACCCCAGUGUGAUAUAUGGGGAUGUACAUCUUAACGGUGACAUUUGUUUCAUGCCAAAUGGCUAUGCAGCAUUAGCAAGCGCUGUGGGACCAGCAGUUCUGUGUCUUCUUGCUGUAGCCACAGUCUUCAUUCAAGCCUACCAAGUCAAACCCCAGUGGAAGAGAUACGAUGAUAUCUACAUGGGAAGUUAUAACACGACUGAGGUGCAGUUAUUGUUGGUCUUCUGGAGUAUCAUUACUCUAACGUGUUUAUUUGGAGGUCUUCAUAUGGCCUAUGGGCAACUCUGGUUACUCAUUAUCUUCGUCAUUUUCAACAUUGUCCAGGGCUUGUUUGCCUUUGUAGUUUACACCGUCCUACGCAACCAGCUGUGUCGUUCCAAGAAGGCAAACUAUUCCCUCAACCCGUCCGGCUUUGAUAACUCAGUCAUGCUUCUUGAGAACAGUCAGUAUGCCGGAACCGGUAUGAUGGCUGUAGGGUCAGAGAAAGGCUCUAAGAUCAUGCUGACAAAGGCCGAACAGCCUCCUGGUAUGACGGUCAUUGGUAACCAAGAGUUGGAGUGGGAUGCCCAGUCUAUCGGCCGUCAGAGUCACCACAGCCAAUUGAGCCACCACAGUCAUAUCAGUCAACACAGCAAGGCGAAUCAAUCCCAACACAGUCGCCCCGCAUCGGUCAUCAAUGUCAGCCGACCGGCGUCAGUUCACAGCCACAACCUCUACGCACCGGCCCCCUUCCAAGACCACCCAGCGCCUCCUCCACCGCAUGACGAUGACACAGACUCCCAAGACUUUGAUGAUUUAAUCUUCGCCCUGAAGACGGGCGGAGCUUACGUGAGCGAGGAAGGGGAUUCGCGGAGUCGGCCGGUCUCCCGUGCGUCAAGGGUGAGCAGCGGAUGGGCUGAUGAUACGCAACAUGAUCGCGAGAUGGAUGGGACGCGAGAUGUGAAUGGCGAUCACUACGAGAUGAGACGGAUACAAAUCGCUGAUACUCAUCUCUGAUCUCCAACAUCCAUGAACUUCCAAAUAAAAUGCAAGUACUAUUUUUUUUUUAAAGAAUAAUUGUAUGCUGAAAUGAAAUUUUAUGGGGAAGAAAAAUAUUGGCUGAAUUUAUAUUUAUUUGUCGCACCAUGUAAAGCUUUCCUUUCAUUUCUUGUAUGUUGUAGUUUUCACUGCAUGAACUGAAAGGGAAGUUUUUUUUGUCUUGGGAGACAUACUUAAAUUUGAUCUUGCUCAACACUGCCCCAAGUCUUGUGGAGUCAAGUCCACAGAGGACAAGAGUGGGGCAAUUCUACACCCUUCUUUGUGCUAAAUUAACCACCGAGCCAGCCUGGUGACUAGUGAUUACUUUCAGUUCUUGACUGCUUGAACAACGCGCAGCGCACUUACUCGGGCGCUAUCUUUUGACUCCCUAAAUGAUGGAAAUGGUAGACGCCCAUUGUUCGGAGGGUCUUUAUCUGUUAAGAAUUGCUAAUCAUAAUCUGAUUGUGAUAUUAGACCGCUGUUGGAAGGCUAGGCUGUGAAUUCCACAUGUUUCCUAAUGAGUUCACAAACACUACAUCUGCUAGAAGUACAGACUAUUGUCUUCAUUUUGUGAUUUUCUAUAGCAGAGUGCUAUUCUUAGUGCCUCAAUUACGACAAGAUGUCAUCAAAGUUUCAAAUCCUACUUAAGAUGUCAUCAGUUUCGGAAACCAUGAAAAAAGAUACUGAUGAAACAGGGAGACCUACAUGUACACUAUUAGGGCUAGAUGACUCAGUUGGUAGAGCACCAACAUGUUAAUCUGGAAGUCGCAGGUUCGAAUCCAGCUCUAGUCAAUUGGUUCAAUCCGAAAUCAGUUUCUUCUUAGAGACAUUUUGUAUUAAAAAACUUCAAGGAUUGUCUUGAAAUAUUAGCCUUAUUACCAGUGAGUGCCAUGUUUUGGUUUCUACCAUCUUAAACCUUGAAAGCAACUAUGUCUUAUUUAAGUCUAGCCUAAUACAACUAGACUCGUAGACACCUAGUUUUGUACUUAACAUCGUUUUGUAAAAAUAAGAUAUUUUUGUAAGCUAAUGCUGUGAAUGUGUUAUCUGUAUCCACUUUUUUUAUACAGGUUUUCUGUUUAUUUCUAUAGAAUGGCGAGUCAAAUCAGUACUUUAUCUGAAUGUAGUUUAGAAUAUCAUUAUUUUUUUCUUUUAAUUACCGAGGCUGAAGGUUUGUUACCUAAUGUUUGUUACAAAUGUGUUACCCAAUUUGGAUACAUUUCUACCUGAUUGGUUUAACUUCUUGUGUUCCAAAUCAGGAAACUUUUAAUUUAUGUAUAACACCAAAACAACCCCAUUUGGGGUAUAAUUCUUCCCCGAUUGGAACCUACUUCUCCCAAUUAGGAUAUCAAUGUCCCCAAUCAGGAAACCUUUAUGUAUAACAAGUUAUUCUUCUGAAUAAAAUUUUGAAAGAGGCAUUUAUCCUUCGGUGGAAAGCUUUAUUUCUUACUAUAAAAAACAAUCAUCAUAAUUUCAAAUGAAAUAUGAUGGUAAGAUGGUUGUAUAAGUAAAUAAUUUUGCCAUAAAAUUACAUGUAAAUUAAAUCUGAAUUUGUGAAAGCAAUAGUCACAACUGCAAUAUUCAAAUAAUUCUGAUACCUUGACUACAGAAAAUAUUUUCCUUUUCCGUCCUUCCUGCUUACAUUCCAAAUAAAUUGUAUUCAUCAUAAAUUACCCGAACAGUUAUUUACAAGUCAACAACAAUGCACCCAUGACUUUGGGUUCUGUUUUAAUAAAGAACUAAAUACAUUUUUAAAUAUCAAAUAAAAACUAUUUAAUAUUUAUGAAUUACUUACUUAAAUAGCAAAAGUAUUCUCAUGUUAACAUUUGCAUAAAUCUGAUUUUCCGUCCACACUCAAAAGUUAAUACUAUCAUAGAUAUAUUAUGUGAAUAAUUAUUGAGAUGCAAAUAAGCCUGAGUGAACAACGUUGCACUUGAUAGAAUUAGAAU